UCUGUGCAAGACUCUACUUCCGUUCUACUUCCGCUCUCUUGAGUGUGCGAUCCACUCCUUCCGGCAAGAUGGCGCUGUUUUACACUCGGUGUCUUCAGGAGCUGCCAAAGCUUACUAUAUCGGACGUCCACAGGCUCGUCCGUAAUGGAUGCUCUGCCCCCCGGAGUAAACGGGAAAAGGGGUACAAGAUGUAUCUGUCAAGUUUCAUUGACAACUAUGAAGGUGAGUGUAAAAUUGACAGCAAAACACAUUCACAUUGUGCUAUCGCUAACUAACUAGCUAGCAGUAGCCAGACCCGUAGCUUCUAUAGCUAAAUAUAGAUCUCUCUCUCUCUCUCUCUCUCUGAUAUGAUCGUUUCAGAACUAGAGGAAACGAUUCAAUCAGACGCAGAGAGAACAUAACCUAUCGCUAUCGGACACUAAAUUUAGACAGCUGUCAAGUUAGGAUUAAUAUGAGAUUUUCAGAGCCCCGAUCAAGAUUUUUAGUGCCCACGAUCAAAAUUAAUUCAAAACCAUCCUUGUCCGUGUUUGAUCGACUUACGAGUGGAAAAGAAGUGUGUUUUGUCUAACAUUACAUGAAUUAUGUUGAAUUCCCAGUAUCAAACAAAGACCCUGCAGGGAGGGUGACCGUCAGGGCUGUAUGUUAUAGGUCCAUGAGGAAACACGAGAAGCCUCACGACCUCAGAAUUACUUUUGAGGGCAGCUCACCCAUUAAAAUUGCUGUGGCUGAGUGUUCCUGUGUGGCUGGAAACGCUCUCUGCAACCACAAUGUUGCACUACUAUACCAGACCACAGCGUACUCUACACUUCAGCUGAAAGCAGUACCACCUGUCCUGAGCUGCACAGAAACUGAGCAGCGAUGGCAUAAACCACGAACACUGGGUGUGAAACCAGGCAGAGUGGGUAACAUGGUCUUCAUCUCAACAAAACCCAAGGCAAGACAGUACACAGCUGCUGAUGGUGUAAGGAGCAAGCGCUACAAAGCAGUGCGGGGGGACUUGCCAGACCCAGAUGUCCUGAAGGUCGAUGAGGCAUACCAGGACUUCACGGCAGACCUUGCUCCGCUAAUUACCACACUAUCCAUAAGUAGUGAUGUCCCCCUCGUCGACUCCGCCUUUGGGACCGUUCAAGAAGGCAGCCCUAUUUCAUACCAGCACCCAGUGCCAGUGAGUAGGGUAAUCAUCCAACACCCAGACGCACCCCCUCCACCACCCCUGCCGUUAGAUGGUCACAGGCUGGACCCAACCACAUGUUCCUUUGUGUGCACUCACCAACAACACCUAAAUGUAAUGUCGCUUAACAUCACUUUCGACAUGGCAAGAUCCAUCGAGAUGGCCACGAGAGAACAGAGUGGCAGCGCAGAGUGGGGGGAUUAUUUCUUUUUCUAUCAUUACUUGAUCUGAUCUUUUAAAAAUCAAUGAUUCAUUCAAUCAGUUAUUUUUCAAUCAGUUGAUAAAUGUUCUUGUUCUGGUUUUAUUGUUCAUCUUUACAAAUCUAUACAAAGCCUGAACUAAUAGUAGGUUUCAUUGUUCAUCUUUACAAAUCUAUACAAAGCCUGAACUAAUAGUAGGUUUCAUUGUUCAUCUUUACAAAUCUAUACAAAGCCUGAAGUGAUAAUUGUCACUAAUGAAGGCCUGCAAUUGACCUGAGACCAUACCUUUUGUACUGGUUGAAAUGAGAGCCCAAGUGUAAAAAUCUAUGUGGAUUGUUGAUACUGGAUUAUUGAAUAAGUGUUGUUCAAUAUUUACUUAUUAAAUUCUACAUGUUGUAAUGUCA